AAGUGACUCUACAUGAGUCGACAAUGGGCCGUAUUACAUCAAUCAAUCUCUGUUUUUAGAACGCUUUGAUCACCACGCCUUUCCUGAGUUUUGGCCAUGAUUGCUUGAGGUGCUGAGGUCCACAGGACCCUCAUACACAUCUAGCAUUGCCCACGCGCAACGCGUUCUUCUGCUUUGCCUUUAAUCCAUAUUCACAAUGGAAACAACUGAAGAACUCCAGCAACUCGAAAUCACCGCAUUGAAGUCCAUUUAUGAUACAGACUUCUUUGAGCCACCACCGCCCAAGGCUUGGAAGGGAGCCACCAGAUUGCCCGAAUUCAUCAUCAAAGUUACCCACCCCGAUCCGAUCCAUGCCUCCAAGGUCUACUUUCACUUGCAUACCAGACUACCUAAAACAUAUCCCACCCUUGCAACCCCCGUGUUCACUAUACAGAAGCCUCGUGGUAUUAACCAUGAUCAUGAGGUAACUCUUCAGAAAGCCAUUCAUUCUGAGGCUCAGAUGCUCCGAGGAUCUGAAAUGGUCUUCCAGAUCAUUACGUCGGCUCAGGAGUGGCUAGCUGAUCACGUCCAUCCUGCCAUUGAAUCCUCCGGUUCUCUUGCUACUGAGAUGACAAAGCGUGCUUUGGAAGAAGAGAAGGAACGAAAGCGACGAGAGGAGGAAGAGGUCGAAAAGGAGUUUGAGUUAGCAGCUCAACGUGCCGAAGAACUCCAGGAACAGAUUCAAGCUGAUGCGCAGAGGCAUAUGCUUGCCAAGGAGAUGCAGUAUAAGGCAGCUCGGCGAAGGGCGCAGUCUGAUGCUACUGAAGUUCCCUCCUCAGGAGACACCCUCACAGAGUCCUUUCCCACUGAAAUAGAAUUCAGGGGAGUACGUUUCAAUGCCGUCAAGAUGUUUCAUCCGCGAAAAGAGUGCCUUGGUAUCACAUACCUUGCAGAUCCGUUGUGUGACGACGUCAACGCAACACUGCCGCUUGAGGUUCACACCAUCAGCUUUAACUCGGACUACUACACGACUACUCAAGGGAAGAAAAAGUUACACGCAGCAGAAGCUGAGAUCCAGAAACUGAUCAAUAUUCAGCACCCAAACCUUCUAAGCACUCUUGCUGUCAAACUGAACUUCCCUUACUCUGGCGCUCCACCGCGCAUCACCAUUCUCUCCGAACAAAGACCUGCGUUAACGUUGCAAGACGUCCUUGAGGAUUGUGAACGUCUUCGAGAAGAUCGAGCAUCAGAAUAUCUUGGUCAGAUUCUGUCUGCCCUGAACGCCGUCCAUUCGGCCGACAUAAUUCACAGAGGUCUUGACAUUUCUUGCAUCUAUCUUGCUACGAGAGAGAACAGAACCCACACCAAGAUGGUCAGGAUGGGAAAAGUUGGUUAUCAUGCACGCUUGAAGGACUACCACAAGUCUAAUCCGUUCGGCAACGGCCUAUCAAACGUGAACGAGGAUGAGUACAUACGUCCUACACCUUGGUUAUCCAAAGAUGUCCUCGAGUCUGUUCUGUCAUACACUCGGGGACGCGAUAUACACAGCGUUGGAGUAAUUUUCAUGCAAAUGGUCGAUGGAAGAGACGUCAUGAGGCAGUUUAGUGAUCCUAAUGAGGCUGUGCAAGCCGCGGCUCUUUCUCCCACUCUCCAAACAUGUGCGCUGAAUAUGUUGGUGCACGCGAAGAAAGUUUCCUGCUUGAGCCUUCUAGCGGAUCUGGCGUCGGCGGCGCCUCUUCAAUCUCUACGACGAAUUGGAAGUCCCACGACAAUUCCAUUCAUUAAUACCGAUCUCAGGACGCCAAAACCCAAUGGAUACUUCGGCUCUCCAGAGAAUGACUACUUCCGAGUUCCUCAGCGCACUGCUCCGGCCAGUCGUUGGAAGGAGGAUUGGGAAGAGCUCGAACUCUUGGGCAGGGGUGCCUUUGGAUCUGUGGUCAAAGCUCGAAACAAGAUUGAUAAUCGCAUCUAUGCUGUCAAAAAGAUUCGCUUGCGAUCAGACAAGGACGACAACAAACUGUUCCGCGAAGUGAACGCUUUAAGUCGGCUGUCGCAUCGUUUCAUCGUCCGAUAUUACACGACGUGGAUUGAAUUCAAUGAGUCAAACUCAAGCAUACUAUCUUCAAACUCUGACACUGGAUCUGAUUCUGGGACUGAGGGCGGCAUGACAUCCGUGCCCCAAUCAUACGAGCGCGAGACGUCUGAUCCAUUCAAGGUAAAAUUGGAAGAUCUGGACGAUUAUGGGUCCAAUAAGACAUCUUUUCCGAGCAUUCAUUUCACACGGCCCGAGAUCAAGAAUGAUAACCAAGAAGAGGACGAAGAGGACGAUGACAGCGAUGGAGAUUUUGGCAAUCUCUUUUCCUCAGAAUACACCACAGACGAAGAUACUCCGAAGGAUCCUAUCCAGCCUCGAACGUUGUACAUACAAAUGGAGUUUGUUGAACGUCAGACUCUGAAAGAGCGAGUGGCAGAGGGUUUGUCUGAAGAUGAGGCUUGGCGGUUGUUUUAUCAAAUCCUCGAUGCCUUGGUGCACAUGGGUAGCAUGGGUAUUCUUCACCGAGACAUCAAGCUUACGAACAUCUUCAUUGAUGGGAAAGGGGACUGCAAAGUCGGAGAUUUUGGUUUGGCCACGUCAAGUUUAGCUGCUGUUGACCCCUCAGAUCUAUCACCGUCUGUCGUUCAUUCAGACUCAGAACUAACGCUCGAGGUUGGAACUAAGUUGUACAUCGCUCCCGAAGUCCAGUCUAGGAAACGAGGACCCCGCAAUCACAACAAAGCCGACAUGUAUAGUUUGGGGAUUGUUUUCUUCGAAAUGAACUUUUCUUUUUCCACGGGAGCGGAGCGUAUAGCUGUGCUCGAAGACCUAAGGAAGCUCGAGGUAUACUUCCCUCGAGAUUGGGACCCUCACCGUUCGAACCAGAAACAAAUUAUUGCAGCGCUCCUUCGCCAUGACCCUGCCGAGCGCCCAAACGCAUUGGAACUCUCACAGAGCCCUCUUCUCCCUCCUAGAGUGGAGGAUGAAUACUUCAAAGGAGCUCUGCGGAUGAUGACUAAACCGGACUCUCCGUACCACCAGGGCGUGUUGUCUGCCUUAUUCAACCAACCUGUAAAUCAGGCUCGAAGCUAUUUGUACGACAUUGAAGCUGAAAUUCCCGAGCACGCAUACCUGAACGACAUCGUUGAGGACCGAAUUGCAGCCAUCUUUCGACUUCAUGGUGCAGUUGACAUGGAACCUCCGCUUUUACUACCGUCAUCCAAUCCCGAAGAGUGCCACAACCAUGCUACCCUCAUUGAUCGUCACGGAGAAAUGGUUUGCUUGCCAAACAACGCGCUGGUACCUUUCGCUCGGUUGGCUGCACGAGCCGGACUGCGAAGAAUCAAGCGAUUCCAUAUCACGAAUAUUUAUCGACCAAACUCCGCCCCAGGACAUCCAAAGGCUACAAAAGCAGCGGUUCUUGACGUCAUCACUCCCGAUACCAAGCAUGGGAUGAUGGCAGCCGGUGCCGAGUUCCUCAUUCUUCUCAGCAAUUGCUUGAACAGUUUCCCAAACCUUGCUCAGAACUACGAGAUCCAUAUCUCUCAUUCUAAGAUCGCGGAUCUUGCUUUGAAUCGUAUUCCGGAGGAGCUCCGUUCUUCGGUGAUAGAGAUCAUUAAUCAGUCGAAGUCUACUGCUCCACAAAAGCGAGUAUCCUUGUUGAAGAAAGGCCUCUUGAGGAGUACGACGGAUGAAUUAGAGGCCCUUGCUGAAAUAGAUGAGGACAUCGACACUCACCUAUCCAAGCUUGAGAAGGUUUCACCCACCCUUGUUACGGUCAUGAAACCCGCCGUGGAGGAAAUCAAGCAAACGAUUCAGUUUGCCACAUCUGCGGGAUUCUCUGCCCCCGUCUUCUUCCAUCCCUUAAUGUGGGGCGCUCAUCACAUGCAUUUCAAGGAAGGAGUGCGUAUCGAAGUAGUCAGGCGAACUAGGCGGCUGGACGUUCUCGCUGCAGCUGGACGAUACGACAAUCUCAUCGCCCAGUAUUCCAAUCCGAAACCUAGGUCGGAUUCUAUCUGUGCAUUCGCCGUACAAAUCGCUCUUGAGAAGAUCGCGAUGGUCUUAGCGGCCUUCCAGAGCACCUCCGUCAAAGCACUCGUUAAGGAACAGCGGUCAUUCGGUUUCUGGAGCCCUCGGAGAUGCGAUGUUUAUAUCCUUUCAUAUCAAGCAGGCUACUUGCAAGACCGUUUGGAAGUUGCUUCUUUACUGUGGCAGAACAACAUCAGCGCCGAUAUCAUGUAUGAUGCCAACAUCGUGGAAUUUGAACAUGAGAGUCACGUCGACUUAUGCACACGCGAAGGAAUACUAUUCGCCAUUUAUCCUCGACCCCGCACCGUGCGCCGCGAGCAGGCCGCCUUUAAGGUGAAAAGCAUCUUGAAAGGCACAGUUUAUGAAGUUUCACGCCAAGAUCUCGUCGGCUGGCUUCAACACCAGAUUGCUGAGCAGAAACGCGUAGACUUGGCUACCUCAGGCUCAUCUGCUUACCCUGAUACGCUUACGGUUCCUGUGCCAUCCAAGGACGCAUCUACCCCUGAAGUACAACUCAUUCUACCUGUCGAUACAAAGAAGCAGAAAAAGCACGUCAAACAAAUCCUUCUUGAUCGAGCGUACGAAAGGACUGGGCACCUUAAAACAGCAGUACAAAACGGGCUGCCGAUGCUUGCUGUUGAUGUUCCAAACGCGGUCUUUGAUACCCUGAUAAAGAAUUCCUCCUGGAUCACUGAUGAAGAGACCUGGAAGGGAAUUACAGCGUCCAUGCCUACUGUUCACAUGGCGUAUGCUCAGCAAAUUCGCGAAGCAGCUGCUAAGCGAAAAGCUGAAGGAUUCCCGUAUUUGCUGCUCUAUGCCACACGAGAGGAGCGUAUGCAAAUUCUUACUCUCAACUAGGUCCGUUGUGACAGUUUUUCAAACCUUACUUUAUGAUGUCCACCGCCCAUGGUGAUUUGUAGUCAUGCAUUCGUAUUCUCUCGCGCAGGACUUUGUAUUACUGGAACCACAGAUUUCUCGUAUAGUGUAUUUUAGUACUGCAAGAUUCAAUUGGUCCUUCCUACUUG